AUGAACGGUAGUUGGGCUGGAAUCCAAUCGCGAUACGGACCUGCUCAUUCCGACCGAAUGGCAUCGAAAGUGACGGAUGCGUUUCAAGACGGCGGCGAGCCAUCGAUGGACGUCAUCAAUACCAUCAUCGCUUCUUAUGCGGCGUCGACCUGCGGCGAGUCCGAAGCUGGAUGCGCUGCUGAUGACUCAAACACGAACCCGAUUCUGUCACGUUCCCAUGGGUCGCAAAUGAUUCCUCCUCGACAUUCGACUCCGAUCAAGAGCCACGUCAAGGAUCACAGAAGAGAGCAAGAGCAGCAAAUGAGCGAGUUUGUCCAUCCACUUGCCAUGAAAAUCCAAAAAGAAGAAAACACGACCGACGACAACCACUCCAACGCCGCCACGGAUCAGUCUGACAACAGAAGUGAAGGCGGCGAGUCCUAUCGCGAAAUCACCAGUGGCAUUCUUCACUCGAUCUCCGUCGUAACCAAAAAAUUGAAUUGGGCGACCCAGCAGCUGGAAGAGACUUCAUCCCUCGAGGCUUCGCUCAACGCGGUGAAGCUCAUCUCAGAAUGCGCCAAUUCCAUCGCCAAUUUGAAGAAAGCACGCUCGACCAAAUGA